AUGUCCCCAUCGCCGACUCGAAAUCGAAGCGAUGAUGACGAGCCACCGUCGCCACUCUCCCCCUCCCUGAAGCUCCGCCACCGCCUCCACCUCCUGCCGGCGCACACGAGAGGCGCUCAUCACAGGGACUACGAACGAGACAGGGAUAGAGAUAGAGAUAGAGAUAGGGAGAGAGAUAGGGACAGGGCUCGAGACCGGGACCGCGAUCGCGAUCGCGAUGCGGACCGGGGCCGGUACAAGGAGAAGGACAGAGAGGGUAGGCCGGACGAAGGGCGCCAUCGCCGUCCUACAGACCCUGAGAAGAUGCCCGGUAACGGCGAGCCGCGCUAUCGCACAACUCCUGCCGCCGCCGCCGCCGCCGCCCCCGGCUCCGCGAUCCGCGCAAACCCCAUGCGAGUCCUUCUCGCCGACAGAGCCUAA